AGCUCUCCAUCUUGAAACCUUCACCAGUCCCAUCCAUCCAUCUUCUAUACCGCUUAUCCUACAGGGUCGCGGGAAACCUGGAGCCUAUCCCAGGGAGCAUGGGGCACAAGGCAGGGUACACCCUGGACAGGGUGUCAAUCCAUCGCAGGGCACAAUCACCAGUGCGUAAAACUUGAAGGAACAGCUUUAUGUGAUUAAUAUAAAUAUGUGAUUUGCCUUGCAUCCUUGUCAGACCUGCUGUUAUAGAAAAAUCAAUCAACACCUUCUGACCAAUCAGACUCGCUGAGGUUUCAUCUUUCAUUUAUUAAUUUUACUACUAUUUAGGCUGAUAUCUUACACUUAUCAUACAUUAACUGUUUUCAGGGGUCGAGAAUACUUGAGUAAUUGUACUUUGUUACCAUUAUUAAACACUAUUUUGGAAGAUGUGUACAAGUAUGAAUCAAAUAUGAAUGAGACUGAACACUACUCUUACUAUAGUAAAUUUACAAAACAAAACAAAAAGCCCAUAGUUUUACUCCUUACUUCAUUACAUACGUUUUACUAUCUGACAUUCAAAGCACUCGUUAGAAAUCUCAAUUGCCAUGAUUUUUUUUCUAUUUUUCUUUUGCCCAGCUGCCAUGCCAAUUGGUUGUGUUCACACCUUUUAGUUGACACUUUUUACUUUUUAGAGGGUUAUUGAACUUUAACUAACCAGCCAUUCAAAUUCUAGAUUUUCCUGAGCUAGCAAAACAAAACAAAACAAAAAUAAACAAACGACCGAGCGUAUGAAUUUAAUAAAUCAAUGAAUAAACAAUUAAUGUCUGGAUUUUUUUUAAUCAGUUAAAAAAAUAUUAACUGUUUACUUUUGAAUACCUGGGUAUGUUACUUCUUUGAAUUGAUUUUAAAUUUAAUUCCGAGACUGUGCCAAACUUUUACUCGGUUUCUCUGCACGUUUUCUACCCCUGAAUAUUUUGUGGGUAUAAAUGACAUUUCUUUGUCUUGUUAAUUUUAUUGUCCUAGGGGUAUGCAAACUACUGCGCUCAUCCACACCAACGCUUUUUUUCUUUUUUUCUCUCUCUCUCUCCUACCCAGUCCAACCAGAAUCCAACUUCCGCUUUUCGCGUUCACGAGGACCGGAAGUCGUCAUCGCGUCAGCAAAUAGGGAAAUGGAGAGGAAAAGGGGCCUUAGCGAUACCUUAGCGUACUGCAGUUAUUAACGCUCAGCUGGUUUGAUUUGCUGAAUGGACGUUUUCAUGGUGGACUAAAUGCUCGUUUCCAGAAGUCAUGGAGUCCCAUGAGGAAAAGCCCAUCAUUUACACGAUGGAGAAUAAACCCAUAGUGACAUCGGAGUUACUAAAUCUGGAACAUGUCUGAUAUCUGGUCACCUGACUCCCAUCGAAACACUCCCAUCCGAUUUCCCUGUUAAUUCUGAAGUCAUUAUUAGGUGACGGUAGGUUAUAGGUUCAGUCAGAAUUCAUCAUUUUAUGUUGAAACGUCAGUGGAGUCCAGAUGAAAUAAAUUGUCUGUAUUGUCAGUCUUUGAGUGGAUAUGACUGCUUAAAAAAGGAAGAAAGAAAAGAAAAAAAAAACCUGCUGGGACACUUACAGACACCAGGUUGUCUAUAAGGACAUUCCAGCAUAAGUUAAAGACCUUAAAGCAAAAUACAGAGUCUCUAAAUACUACAGUGAUAUCGGUGGAAGCAACAGAAUCAUUUGUCCUUUCUACCACAGUGGUACUACUGGUAAAAAGGAUUUUCCAGCCUAGUGCGUUUCGAAAGGGAACGAUCUGAUCACAGGAAUCAGAUCGAUGUCAGGACUUACAUAUGUAUGAACAGACAGACAGGACACAAAAUUGAGUUAACGAUUGAAUUGGUGAUGCGUAGUAUCCUUACGUGCAUGCCGAUUAAAUGCUAUAUCACAAUAAGCUUUUAUUGCAUUUCACAGCAUUUUGAAGUUUUUUUUCCCUAAAUGUUAUCUAGUGAACAGAAUUGAAGAGUCGCUUUACUGGCGGUCGGACGAGACAUGCAAGGUGGUCUAAAAUAAGAAGUCUUAGACGACAGCUGUCCUCAUGCUGCCUUGCAAAUGGGACAGAUUUUAUCUAAUGAGCAGAAACACUGCCAGAAAAUGUGGCCUACCUAGGCAGCUGUCUUCUGAAUGAAACACAAGGCGAAUGGGUGAGAAAGAUGUACAGUACUACCAUGCAGAAACGUCAGUUCCUGUAGCAGUUGCAGUGCUGGGGACCAAAACCUCUUAACUGCUCUUUAUAGCCUGCUGGCACAGCAGCUUCCCCGGGAGCCUAUGGAGUGGAGAAGGUCUUAUGGUCGAGCACCGAAGAUGAUCCACCUAGAAGCCAACUUUGUCCAGUUUAAAGAGGAGCUGCUUCCUAAAGAGGGAAACAAGGCUCUCCUCACGUUCCCUUUCCUGCACAUUUACUGGACUGACUGCUGUGAUACGGAGACGUACAAGUCCUCAGUGAAGGAGGACAUGCAGCGGUGGCAGAGCGUGCUGAAGCUCCACGGCUCAGCCGACUGGCUCAUCGUGGUCGUGGAAAGCGAUGGCAAAAAGAAGAACAAGACCAACAUCCUGCCUCGCACCUCCAUCAUGGAUAAGAUCCGCAACGACUUCUGCAACAAGCAAAGCGACAGGUGUGUUGCACUGUCGGAUCCCCUGAAGGAGUCGUCUCGCUCUCAGGAGUCGUGGAACUCGUUCCUGACUAAGCUGCGCACUCUGCUUCUCAUGUCCUUCACUAAGAACCUGGGCCGCUUCGAGGACGACAUGCGCACGUUGCGGGAGAAACGCACCGAGCCCGGCUGGAGCUUCUGCGACUAUUUCAUGGUCCAGGAAGAGCUGGCAUUUGUGUUUGAGAUGCUACAGCAGUAUGAAGAUGCGCUGGUCCAGUAUGAUGAGUUGGAUGCCCUCUUCACCCAGUAUGUGCUUAACUUUGGCGCUGGAGAUGGUGCCAACUGGCUGGGCUCAUUUUGCCAGCCGGUACGGAAUUGGAAUGGGCUUCUCCUGCGCAGACCAAUAGAUAUGGAGAAGAGGGAGCUAAUCCAGCGCAGUGAGGCUAGCCUGCUAGACCUGCGCAGCUACCUGUUCUCUCGCCAGUGCACGCUGCUUAUCUUCCUGCAGAGGCCCUGGGAGGUCACACAGAGAGCUCUGGAGCUGCUUCACAACUGUGUCCAGGAGCUCCGUCUGCUUGAGGUGUCGGUUGUCCAGGGGGCUCUGGACUGCUGGGUCUUCCUCAGCUGUCUGGAGGUGCUGCACAGAAUCGAGGGCUGUUGUGAUCGCGCCCAGCUGGAAGCCAACUUCUCCCACACUGUGGGCCUCUGGACUUACGCUACUGAGAAGCUGAAGUCUCUAGGCUGUUUGUGCGGUUUGGUGUCGGAGAAUGGACCCAACUCGGAAGAACUGAACUGCACUGUCGACCUGCUCGCAGGCCUCGGCACAGAGAGACCAGAGACAGCCAACAGUCUUCAGAGCCCGUAUAAAAAACUUAAAGAAGCCUUAUCAUCAGUGGAAGCUUUUGAAAAACACUAUCUGGAGUUGUCCCACGCUGCUCUGGAGAUGUACAGAGCCAUUGGGAGGCUGCGGUCAGCUCGACUGGUGGGAAAGAGCCUGGCUGAGUUCUACAUGAGGAAAGGUGAUGCACAGACAGCAAAGACCUUCCUGCAGGACUCUUUGAAGUCAUACACAAUGGAAGGCUGGAGCCUGCCGCUCACACACACGCGUAAGCAAAUCGCAGAGUGUCAGAAACAGCUGCAGCAGACGGAGGACUACUUGCAGACGAGCGCUCUGCUGGCCAGCGACACUAACCUGACAGAGGAGGAGAGAAAGCACUUCUGUCAGGAGAUCCUCACCUUUGCGAACAAGGCUCCAGAGGGCAAAGACCAGCGAGUGGUCCUGAGCAUGACUGCGUUUGCUCAGCUGCGAGAGCUGCAGUUUCAGCCAGCAUCCGCCACAGUGCACGUUGGUGCAACCCUGCAGUUGGAGCUGCGUCUGUGCAGCCUGAUGCCCAUUCCCGUGCAUCUGGAGAAGCUGGCAGCCAGCGUCCAUUUUACAGGGGAGCAACCAGGCAUGCGUUGUGGCCCAGCAGGCACCCAGCGGCGCUCCGGACUCAGUCCAGACGGCACCAUCUCCUUUCCCGCUGUGAGUCCGUCUGGCGGGGCGUUGCCAGGAACAAGCAUGCCCGCUCUGGAACUUUACGAAAUACAGGACCGCAGUCCCUCCGACAACAUGCUCAACUCCACUAGCGUUGUCUGCAAGAACGCGCACAUGCUGCUGCGUGGCAACGAUGGCCCCUCCCCCUUGGACGUGCAUAGCAGUGUAGGCUCCACCUUUACUAUGGAGGAUGGAACGCAGGUUCUGAAGACCAACAAUGUGACGUUGUUGCCAGGCAACAACAGCAUCAUCUUCACGGCGCUGAGUACAAAACCAGGCACCUACACUCUGCGACAGUUGUGUGCUACAGUGGGCCGUGUGCAGUUUGUGCUGCCACACAUUUACCCCAUAGUGAAAUAUGAGGUAUACUCCCAGGAGCCUCAGCUGACCAUCGAGCCCCUCACAGAGAGCCUGCUGGCUGGGCUUCCUCAGAGGGUGAAGUUUACCAUUCUAACAGGCCACUACGAAGUUAAGAAGGGUGACGCUCUGCAGCUGAGUAACACCGACUCCAUGCCUAUCCUGCACUCCUCGUCCUGCUCUGCCCGUAUUCUCUCUGGCACUGGAGAGCUGGUGAGAGAGGCUGAUCUGUCCAUCCAGGCUUCAGAGAAGGUGACAAGCAUCUCUCUGCCUCUAACUCCACCCUACCACACACUGGAGUUCCAGCUAGAGGUGCUGUGCCAUAUCCCAUUAUCACCAGCACGUGUCGAAAGCGAGCGCCUCACCAACGGUGAGAUCCGUCACCGGCCGAAGAGCCGCACACGCUUCAACAGCGGCAUGGCUUUCAUCGACCAGAAGGUGUCCAUAGACUGUCCCUGGUCUAUAUAUUCCAUCCUCAUUUCCCUCACCUUCUAUACCCCCUUCAGAGCCAAACACGCGCUACUGUCAGCAGGGAAAAGGAAGUACAUCCAGGUGUGCCUUGAAAAUGUAUCAAACACAAACUUCCAGCUUGCCAACCAGACGCUGUCGGAGCACCAGCUCACACCUUUACUGGAGCUCCUCUCUCUCAAUGCUAAAACACACCAGGUGGUGUACAGUAAGCAGAGCGUGUACAGUCUGUGGGAGGUGAAGUGGACCACAGAGCCACUGCCAUGUCUGCAGUGCGUGUUUUCUGCCAGCUUUUCUCCUGCCGACGCUCCGAUCACGGCGCUCAAACCCUACAGCUACGAGUUCCAGUUGGAGAGAGUCUCAACACUAUACAGUGUGAAGGCAGACAUCCAGCCUGCGGUGGGGGAGCAGCACUGUCGCGCCGGCACCCUCUGUCGGCUAGAAGUAUCAGUCACCCGUCUGACAGAGCCGAGUGACACGGACGGAGAGGACGAGGAGUUAACGGAGAAUGAAGGCCUUCGCACGACCAAGCUCAUGUAUGAGGUGGUGGAUAACAGCAGUAACUGGGCUGUGUGUGGGAAGAGUUCAGGGUUAGUAUCCAUGCCUGUGGCUGCCAUGGCAACGCACAAAGUACAGAUGGAGGUCAUGCCUCUGUUUGCAGGCAAGCUGCCCUUCCCCAGCAUCAGAAUGUUCAAGUACCUGCCCCACUGCGCACAACCAACAAGCCAGCCUGACACAGACUCAUGCCUAGAGAACGACAACCUCUCUCUUCUGGAUAAGGGCCUGGAGGAGCAGGGAGACACGGCCAGUCUGCGCAGCCGGGGAAGCAUUCACUCUGUGGGCAGUAACGAGCAGCAGCAGAGGGCUCUUCCCAUGCCACGACUCGAGCCCUUCAGCCCGGGCCAAGUGUUCAACUCCAGCCAGACGCAACAGGUCCUGGUGCUCCCCAGCACAGACGACCAUGUGCUCGAGGUCAACGUCACAUGACACCCAUGUAAGGCCCCGCCCCGCCUGGUCCUGGACCGUGCGUUCUGUGACCUAAUUGGACAGGAGCUGGGGGACAAGGGGGGGCUCUGGUGUGGGGCGGUGGAGCGUCCCGAUCUCUGGACUCGAU